CAUUGAAUAUCUCAGACCAACUCUCCAUCCUCUCUCUUCUCUGUCUCCGCUACAUUCUCUGUAUCGGUCGGAAAUCUACAGGAUAUAUAUACCAAAUGUGCAAAUUUCCGCCUGCCAUUGAGACCUACGGGGAGUUGACGCUGAGGUCAGUGCGAAGAAACUCGUCGUGAUCACUGGAGUAGGUGUUGAAACGAGCAAUUUUCACAUGCAGAGUGGUUUUGGAGAAUUCGAGGUUGAGGUUGGACCCGGUCGGGUUUUGGUGCCUGUUUGACGAUAUUUGAUAGAGUCUCUGUGUGUGGAGCGAGGGAGUGGGAGAGGACGGUCGUUGUCGUUUAAGAUUUGAAGGUUUCAACGGGAUUGAAAAUUGAUCGAAGCAAGCAAGCAUUGAAAGUUUCUGCACGGUUUGUGCAAUUGGCUGACGGCAUAUAAUAUUUUAAAGCAGGAGUUGGUGCGUGUAGACACAGAAAGGGGGGAAGAGAGAGAGAGAGAGAGAGAACUUCGGGAGUUUCUGCCUCUGGGGUUUGCUUUGAUACCUGCCAUCUGCUGAAGGAUCACCAUUUCAGCAGUACAAUGGGUUUUGGAUCACGUUUUACUCGAAGCCCGCCCUCGAUUCACCGCCUAGAACCGUCCCGAGACGAUCUCGACAGUGAAAUUAGCAACAAUGAUAUUGCCACCUACACAGUGCAAAUUCCGCCGACCCCCGAUAACCAGCCACUCCAAAUCUCCGCCUCAGGACCUUCACAGAGAGUCGAAGAACAGUAUGCCUCGAGCUCGCUCUUCACUGGGGGCCAUGAUCGAGCCACAAGGGCGCACUUGAAGGACGAGGUGGUAGAGCCCACGAGUGGCCCCAAAGGGUCAUCGGUGUGUCAAAUGCUUGGGUGCGAUGCAAGAGCUAUGAGGGAUGAGAAUGGCCAAGAAAUCGUUCCAUGUGGGUGCGACUUCAAGAUCUGUAAGGAGUGUUAUCGAGAUGCAAUGAGGACCUCUGAUGGGAUCUGUCCUGGGUGCAGAGAGCCCUAUGAAGAGGAUGAGGACGAUGGCGGUGAGGGUGAGGGCGAGAUCGAAUUGGGGUCUAGGAAGGCUCUGCCUUCUUCAGUUUCUAACAUGUCCAAGAUGGAGAGGAGGCUCUCGCUGGUGAAGUCAAACGGUAACGACUUCGAUCACAAUCAGUGGCUGUUCGAGACAAAGGGGAGUUACGGAUAUGGAAACGUCAUGUGGCCCACAGAAGAUGGAAAAGAAGUCCGUGAAGCACUGAAGGACAAGCAGUGGAGGCCUCUUACUCGUGAUUUGCGUAUAUCUGCCGCAAUUCUCAGCCCAUACAGGCUCUUAAUCUUCAUCAGAAUGGCUGCUCUUGGAUUAUUUUUAGCCUGGAGGAUCAGACAUCCCAACGAGGAUGCUAUGUGGUUGUGGGGGAUGUCAGUUGUUUGUGAAAUUUGGUUUGCCUUCUCUUGGUUGCUCGAUCAGCUCCCAAAACUCUGUCCUAUUAAUCGGAUCACCGACCUUGAUGUUCUGAAGAAGAAGUUCGAAACUCCAGAUCCCACUAACCCGACAACAAAAUCUGAUCUUCCUGGGAUAGAUGUGUUUGUCUCCACAGCAGACCCAGAGAAAGAACCACCUCUCGUCACAGCAAACACGAUUCUAUCUAUCUUAGCGGCCGAUUAUCCCGUUGAAAAGCUUUCCUGUUAUGUUUCUGACGAUGGAGGUUCUCUCCUGACAUUCGAGGCAAUGGCGGAGGCUGCAAGUUUCGCAAGUCUGUGGGUCCCGUUCUGCCGGAAGCAUGAUAUUGAGCCAAGGAACCCAGAGUCUUAUUUCAGCCUGAAGCGGGACCCAUACAAGGACAAGGUACGGCCCGACUUUGUGAAAGAUCGGAGAAAGGUUAAACGAGAGUAUGAUGAGUUUAAGGUCCGAAUCAAUGGCCUUGGUGACUCGAUCAGGAGAAGGUCUGAUGCUUUCAAUGCCCAUGAGGAGAUCAAGGUGAUGAAGCAGAUGAGGAAUAGGGACAUAGACGAAGACGAGGUGGUGGAGAGAGUGAAGGUCCCAAAAGCCACAUGGAUGGCUGAUGGCACCCACUGGCCGGGCACUUGGACAGUCGCUGCACCUGAACACUCUAGGGGCGAUCAUGCCAGUAUUAUCCAGGUGAUGUUGAACCCCCCAAGUGAUGAACCACUUAAAGCUAAGGAGCCUUCACAGUCGGAGGGUCCAGGGGAUGUACGGCCAGUGAGAACUACAGCAUCUGAUUCAACUUCCAUGGAUCUAACUGACAUUGAUAUCCGCCUUCCAAUGCUAGUCUACAUCUCUCGUGAGAAGAGACCUGGCUACGACCACAACAAGAAAGCAGGGGCCAUGAAUGCCCUGGUUCGGGCCUCGGCCAUUAUGUCAAAUGGGCCUUUCAUCCUUAAUCUCGACUGCGACCACUACAUCUACAACUCAAAAGCCCCGAGAGAAGGUAUGUGCUUUAUGAUGGACAGAGGUGGUGAGCAGAUUUGCUACGUCCAAUUCCCCCAACGGUUCGAAGGGAUCGACCCAUCAGACCGGUAUGCAAAUCACAACACAGUGUUCUUUGAUGUGAACAUGCGAGCCUUAGAUGGGAUUCAGGGACCAGUCUAUGUUGGGACAGGAUGCCUCUUUCGGAGAGUUGCAAUUUAUGGGUUUGACCCGCCUAAGACGAAGGAAACUAGUGAUGGUUGUUUUGGUCGAUUCUUUGCUCGUCGAAAGAAGGUUGUAUCAGUCUCUUCUGCACCUGAGGAAAGGGCUUCCUCUGAAGACAGCCAUUCCGUGAUGCUGGGGGAGUUUGAGAACGAGGAAAUGAACAUAGCCCUUGUCCCUAAACAGUUCGGGAACUCAAACUACCUAAUUGAUUCGAUUCCCGUGGCAGAGUUUGAGGGCCGCCCAAUUGCUGAUCACUCUUCGAUAAAGUACGGUAGGCCUCCUGGGGCACUCAGGAUUUGCCGGCAGCUUCUUGAUCCUACUAUAGUUGCCGAGGCAAUCAGUGUCAUCUCAUGCUGGUAUGAAGACAAGACAGAGUGGGGCCAACGGGUCGGGUGGAUCUAUGGGUCUGUGACUGAGGAUGUAGUCACUGGGUACAGGAUGCACAAUCGGGGAUGGAGAUCCAUCUACUGUGUAACGAAAAGGGAUGCCUUCCGCGGGACCGCCCCGAUCAACCUCACUGACCGACUCCAUCAGGUCCUGCGAUGGGCCACUGGGUCUGUCGAGAUCUUCUUCUCCCAGAACAAUGCUGCCCUUGCUAGCAGCAGAAUGAAGCUCCUCCAAAGGAUUGCUUACCUCAAUGUUGGAAUUUAUCCCUUCACCUCGGUCUUCCUCAUCGUAUACUGCUUCCUUCCAGCUCUGUCUCUCUUCUCAGGGCAAUUCAUAGUUCAGACCCUCAACGUGGCGUUCCUCACUUACCUUCUCAUCAUCACAUUAACCCUCUGCGCUCUAGCGGUUCUUGAGAUCAAGUGGUCGGGAAUUGCCAUUGAGGAGUGGUGGAGGAACGAGCAAUUUUGGCUAAUCGGGGGGACGAGCGCGCACCUUGCCGCGGUCCUUCAGGGUCUCCUCAAGGUCCUUGCUGGGAUCGAGAUAUCCUUCACCCUCACAUCAAAGUCAGCCGGUGAAGACAAUGACGAUGAAUUCGCUGAUCUCUACAUCUUCAAGUGGACGUCCCUUAUGAUCCCUCCGAUCACUAUCAUGAUGAUCAACCUGAUUGGGAUCGCAGUGGCCGUCUGCCGGACCAUAUAUAGCAGUAAUCCAGAGUGGAGCAAGCUGAUUGGUGGGGUCUUCUUCAGCUUCUGGGUGUUGGCCCAUCUCUUCCCCUUCGCAAAGGGGCUAAUGGGAAGGCGGGGAAGAACGCCGACCAUCGUGUUCGUAUGGUCUGGUCUUCUUGCUAUAACGAUCUCUCUCCUGUGGGUGGCCAUCGAUCCCCCGACCAGUAGUUCCGGCAUUGGAGGAUCUUUCCAGUUCCCUUGAGUUCUCGUCCGUCCAGGGACACUACUAUAUCCCCGAGGAUUUUUUUGUUCGGGAAUUCUCUUGCGGGGAUGCUCAUGUGUUCCAAAACAUUCUUGAUAUCAUUCUUUUGAACAGAGUCUUAGCAGAUUACUUACAUAGGAAUUUUUUUUCUUCUUUGUUAAAAUCCUGCCUCUUUCAUUAAUGAAAUGUGUAGAUCUGUAUACUCAAUACAGCAGCUCUGAGCCUCUGACUAUGGAGAAUACUACGGGAUUCGACGUGAAUUUCUUCAUCCUUCA